AUGACCCUCCUUCAGUCCAGCCUCAUCUGGAUCGUGUAUGCGGUUGUUGUCGCGAUCUUGGUCGCGAUAGCUUCGGUGUUUGUCUAUAUUUACCAAGCUCCGAGAGAACGAUCGGGACUGGUAUCGGCAGUAUGCAUUCUCACUGUAUCAGCUUUGCUAGCUACCGUUUUACUCCUACCAGUGGACAUUGCCUUGAUAUCAUCUACCAACUCGCGCAAACUGGGCCAGCGGAAGGAUUGGGCGACUCCGGAUGCUGUCGACAGUAUCGUGCGAUCUCUCACGAUCGUCUAUUAUUCUCUUUACUCGUUUGAUACCAUCCUCUGCUUGCUCGUCAUUCCAUUUACGUACUUCUGGUAUGAGGAAUAUGAUGAGCUUGCUGAACGGCAGGACUGGAGUGCCUUCGGAAAGAGAUUCUGGGGUGCCUUUCGAUACACGAUUGCAUUUCUUGUAGUGACAAUCAUCCUAUUUCUGGUCGGGUUUUUCGUCCCGGCUGCUCGGAAUAAAGCCGGAGCAGGGCUUGAUCUUGACUAUUUUAAACAUCUGCUCACAGAGAAUAACGGCGAAAGAGCUUUGACAUUUGCUCUGGGUUUGCUGACGGUAAUUGGAAUCGUUGUUUACGUUCUUUAUACAUCAACCGGCCUUGCGCUCUUCCCUGUAUCGUUUAUCAAAACAGCGCCCUCUGUCUCUAGCCCUUCUCUAUACGCUACAACCGCUUCAAGGCUGGAGGAGAAUGUUGAACGCCAACGUCAGCUCGAAGGCCGAUGCGGAGGUAAUCUCGAUCAUUUAUCGUCAAAGGAGCGACGAGAGCUUGACUCGCUAGUUCGCGAGGAGCGCACUUUGAGACGUCGACAGCGCCUUGCAGAGUCUAAUGCAGGCGACGGAAGAGGAUUCCUAGUGAAAGCAUGGCACAAAAUAGGGGCCGUAUUCCGUCCCAUCAAGCUUCUCGGAGGGCUGCUCUUGCUCCUGCUUUCCAUCAUUAUCUGGGUCUCGAUGCUGCUUACAGGGAUCGACAAGGCGACGAAUUCUAUUUGCAAACACAACUGCGGUUACAUCCUAGCGAAGGUUAACGUGUUCAACCCUAUUAAUUGGGCCCUUCUUCAAUCUGCGAAAGUCUUCCCCAUCGACUACAUACUCUUCACAGUGUUGGUGUUACACUUUUUCAGCAGCUCAGUUGUUGGAGUUGCAACCGUCGGGAUUCGCUUCUUAUGGGUUAGAAUAUUCGGUAUACGGAAAGGGCAUACCACUCCUCAAGCUUUGCUGCUUGCCACAGUGAUGCUUGCUCUUAUUAUUUUAGCACUUAACUUCUCUAUAUCCAUGAUGGUGGCGCCUCAAUAUGCGACGUACGGUCCACAGACGUUCUGUGACAUUCCAUCCGAAUCGGGGGAACACGGUAUAACCUGCGAGCACCGGCCACAGGAUGUCAAGCCCUGUUCUGAACUGACGAAAAAUCACUCGGCCAAGGACGUGUGCACUCCGAGCGUUGUUAGCGUUUUCUUGAACCGAAUCACGCUUAAUUACCCAUUCUUCGGCAUGGUUAAUUUCUGGGCCCAGUUUGCUUUCCUAGGUAUUUCACUCAUUGUCUUUAUCACCACGCUCUUCCGGACUCCUCAACUUGAUGAGCAACAGCUGGACGAGGACGCGGAGGAAGCCGAAGAAGAGGGCCUGCUUGCCUCUACAGGUAGGAGAUUUGGUGCUACAUGGGAAGAUAUCAUGGGCCGGGCACCCAACCCACACCCUGCUGCUGCAGGUAGAGGUUCCCGCGAUAAUGCAUAUCAUGAUGACCACUAA